UUUAAUCUGAAAGAAGAAUGACAAAUUCAGAUUCGAUUGUUCCUACUAAUAUAACCAAUCCAACGCAAAAUAUUGUUAUCCAGCAAGACAAUUCUGCGUUUCCCACCAGCGUAAUAUUAGAUGAAACGAAUUACGCCUUAUGGUCUCAACUCAUGGAGAUGCGUAUUGGCGCUCGAAAUAAAGCCGGUUAUCUAACCGGAGAAGCGAAAAAACCCGUCCAUGGAGAUCCUACUCUGGCUACAUGGAUUACUGAAAAUCAAAGAGUGAAAAGUUGGCUAGUUGAUUCGAUGAGUCCAUCGCUCAUGCAGCGUUUCAUUCUUCUUCCGACGGCAAAGGAGAUAUGGGAAGCUGUUUCAAAAACCUUUUAUGAUGGAUCUGAUGAAACUUGUCUUUUUGAACUCAACCAAAGAUCAUUCUCUACAACACAAGAUGGUCGACCCCUUUCAGUAUACUAUAACGAACUCGUCUCCAUCUUCCAGGAAAUUGAUCACAGGACCAUCUCUCACGAAGAAACAAUUGAAGGAGUGGUCCAGUUGCAUUCCAUGAUGGCUUAGCUUCGAGUUCAUAUUU